AUGGCUCAACCACGCACGGAAUAUGAGCCUCUACCCCUCACCCACGAGGACCACGCGCCCACCACUCUUUACAAUGCCCCUCCGUCCCCUCCAGGGUCCUCGUUCCAUCUUCCCUCUCCCAAUGCCGAUGGCCUGCCGUAUUCGGACGACAUGGGCAUCCCACUCGGUGCCGCGCAACCAAGAUUUCUCGGUCGCGCCUUGUACGAUGAUGGGGGUGCCCAAAUGCGCGAGUCGUACGCAUCGUCGUCGCACUCGACUUUCCCCGCCGACCGGUCCUCAGCGUACACCGCGGACAGCACCGUGGGUUUCAAAUCCGGAGCGAGGCGAGAUGAUGGCUACACCGACUCUUCGUAUCACGACGAGCCUGGUUUUUUUGUCGGCGAGCAACCUCUGCGCAGAGAGAAGCGCGGGGUAUCCGCCUGGGAACCCAAGUCGCGCAAGAAACCCAUCUUGAUCGGGGUUGGUGUUGUGGUAGUGGCGGCUAUCGUUCUGGGAGUAGUCAUCGCGCUUACCGCGGGGAAACACAAGUCCAGCGGUACGAGCAACCUUGGUAACGGUUCGCCAUCAAAUCCCUCUGCGUCUGCUUCAUCAUCCUCUGGGCCAUCCAUCAAAUUUGCUCUGACCACUGGAGGCGACGGAAGCACCGUGACCGCCGACGAUGGGUCUACUUUCACUUAUUCGAAUCCUUUCGGUGGAACAUGGAUGUACGACGUGAACGAUCCCUUUAACAAUGGCGCGCGUGCCCAGUCAUGGAGCCCGGCGUUGAACGAGACGUUCCAUUACGGCGUUGAUAGGAUUAGAGGCGUUAAUAUUGGCGGGUGGCUCGUCACCGAACCCUUCAUAGUGCCUGCACUGUAUCAAACCCUCCAGAGUCGGAAAACCACAGUUGACGCUGGGAUAACGAUCAUCGACGAAUGGACACUGAUGCAAGCCAUGGUGCUCGACACCGCGAAUGGCGGCACAGACCAGCUCGUGCAGCAUUACGAGACUUUCAUCACCGAGCAGGACUUUAUGGAGAUUGCUGCAGCAGGUCUGAACUUCGUACGUAUCGCCUUGCCGUAUUGGGCCAUCGACAUGUGGGAUGGCGAGGGCUUCUUGCCGAAAGUGUCGUGGACCUACUUCCUGAAGGCGAUCAAGUGGGCUCGAAAGUACGGCAUCCGCAUCAAUCUCGACCUGCACACUCUGCCAGGCUCGCAGAAUGGAUGGAACCACUCCGGAAGAUUGGGCAGCUACAACGUGCUGUACGGGCCGAUGGGACUUGCCAACGCCCAGCGGUCGCUUGACUACAUCCGCAUUUUGGCCGAGUUCAUCAGUCAACCUGAGUACAAGGAUGUCGUAGCCAUCUUCGGCAUCACAAAUGAGCCGCAGGGUAACCAGAUCGGGAUGGACUCGCUGUCGCGCUACUAUCUGCAGGCUUAUCAGGAAGUGCGGACAGCCAGCGGGUUGGGGGCUGGAAACGGACCAUUGGUGUCGGUCCACAACGGGUUUGUCGACCUGAAUCAAUUCAAUGGGAUGUUCCCGGGGGCCGAUCGGUUCACUCUCGAUUAUCACCCUUACCUUUGCUUCGCCGGGCAGAGCCCGGACCCGAUUGGGUCUCACCUGACACAGCCAUGCUCGAGUUGGGGUGCCCAAAUCAACAAUUCAAUGGCCAAUUUUGGUUUCAUUCUGGCCGGAGAGUUCAGCAAUGCGGUGACGGACUGUGGCUUGUAUGUGAACGGGGUCGGACAGGGUGUGCGAUACGAAGGGACAUACAACCAGGGAGGCAACUGGCCUGUCGUCGGCAACUGCUCCACGGACUGGCUGGACUACACGAACUGGAGCAGCAAGACCAAGUCUCAGUACAAGACAUUUGCGAUGGCCAGCAUGGACGCUUUGCAGCACUGGUUUUUCUGGACAUGGAAAGUCGCCAACUCGACCGCUGGAAUCGUCGAGGCCCCCCAGUGGUCUUACCAAUUGGGUCUGCAAAAUGGCUGGAUGCCGACCGAUCCUCGUCAGGCCGUUGGUCAGUGCGGAAACGCGAAUCCGUUCACCGGAACGUUGUCUUCCUGGCAGACCGGUGGGGCUGGUGCCGGGACCAUCGAUCCGAGCGCGCUUUCGGCUUUCACGUGGCCUCCACCCACGAUCUCCUUUGGAAAUAACAACGCUAUGGCGGCCACUUCGCUGCCUGCCUAUGCUCCCACAGGCAGCCCGAUCACACUUGCUCCUCCCACCAUCACUGGAGUCAGUGGCAGUGCUGGUGUCCAGAGUCUGACUGCGAGCGUCAACGUCGGGAAUGGAUGGAACAAUCCCUCUGACGCGGCUGCUGCAUCAUACUACUCGAUUCUGGCCAAGGGCUCGCCUGUUAUCUAUUCCUUUGCCGCCGGAGUCGUUGCGCUCGGCGCAGGCUCGAUUCUGUGGAGUCUCCGGGAUGGCGAGGCGGGGAAUCUCAUGUUCGACGGCGGGAGCAUAUUUCUUUUUGGGACGUCCGUCGUCCUGUAUCUCAACUCGGUUCUCCCCAACAUCGUCGUCAAAUUUACGACUCUGCCGACUCACCAGCGCAUGGACCCGUUUCCGAAAUCGCUGCGCUCGGCGACUUUGGAUCUGGCGUCGAACCAUCUCAUGUGCAGUGUCGCCCUGACGGGUGUUCUCGUGCUCCAAGCGGGGCGAUUCUGGGCCGAACGCACCGAUGGCGAGGAGGCAACCGAAAAGCAAAAAAGGUCGUCGCUCAAGGCCACGGCAUCACGGGCGAAAACCCCCGAUGUCAGGUCGUGAGCGAGGGACGACGCGUCGCAUUAGUCUAAUCUCCGAUAUGUAUUAUAAUCAUAAUAUCUACGCUGUUUCAACAUACAGUGGCGAAUGUCUAUGAUCCGUCCCCCUCUUUUACAAUGUCCUCUUUCCUGGGCGUUGGUCUUGAGUUCAUGAGCUCCCUGCCCUGGCCGAGCAGCGAUUUGGCGGCUGCAUCUUCCAUGACGAUUCCCAGUCCUUCCUCCCUGACAAGACCGAGCACGUGCUCAAGCUCGACGAAGCCAUCCUGGUCCGCAUCCAACUUCUGGAUGACCGCCUGACCGACUUCGUCGUCUGGCUUGUGGCGGAUGACAGCGAGCGCUUUUUCAAGAUCGUCGACGGAGAUUCGGCCCUGGGCGUCACACGACAUGGUCUGCAGCGAGUUGCCGACACGGGCAUCGUAUUCCUCCAAUUGCUGGUCGAUCUUGUUCAGCAUGCUCCGGAUCCGUUUCGUCAGAGCCCCCGAUGGA